CCACUCUCGUAUUUAAAGAUACCUCCCCAGCAACUGGCAUCCCAUCCCAACAGUUAGGCCGCUUCCGUCUCCAGGCACCUGGAUACCUCACUUACGAACCCUUUCGGCACUGCUCCACUGGCGAUAGCGCCCGCGUGCCAGAUAUGACAACAUCGUUGGCUACCCUCCGCCUCUCUCCGUCGCUCCGACUCCGACUCUAGUCCUCGCUCUUCUUUCGCCUCGUCAUCACCACGCUCAUUCUUCCCCUUCUUCCCCAUCACUCAUACUUCCCUCGAUACAUCUCUUCUGCUGUUCCUGAUACAUCAUCAUCUCCUAUGGUGCGCCCUGUCAUGACAUCCCAUCAUCCCCGGCCACCGAGCUCGAGGUGCGCCUCAGCCGCCAGAGUUUCCGCGGCGCUGCUCUUAUCAUUCCUCGCCUUCACCCCGACUCUCGUCUCCGCCGACAACAGCGCCCGACACUUGAGCGACGAAAUCCUGCUGCCUCCGGGCCCAGCCCUCCCCCCGAAUCCCGAGGCCCCCGUGCCCGCCGAACACACCUUCUCACUCCGACACAUCUUCCACCACGGCACUUACCGGCAUCCGGGGCUCCACCGGAAGAGGGACGUCGUCCAUGAAACCUCGAGAGUGUUCUUAGCCGCUGAGGAUGGCUACGAUGAGCAGGAAAUCUUCCAGCUCAAGGCCAAGAGCCGCGCCUCGUCGAUAGAGCGACUGGUAGACCGGAGGCCUUCCAUCGUGGACCCUAUGGUGGCCGAGUCUCGGCGACAAGGUUACACGGCCGUCUUGGAUGCAUCGGCAUGGACUCUCGACCAAGUCUCGUCGCCCGACAUCACAGACAAGGAGACCGUCUUGACCCUUGCCAGGAUGACCGCCAACGCCUAUGUCGGGAAUGACACCGACGCCGACUGGGAGGAAGUUGGGCCUCACUUCAACCGCACUGCCGACUUCGGAUGGGAGGGCGAUGGUCUCCGCGGCCACGUCUUUGCCGACGAGACCAACUCGACAAUUGUCAUCGGAUUGAAGGGCACAUCCAUGGCCGUCUUUGAUGGCGAAGGCACCACCACCAAUGAUAAGGUCAACGACAACCUCUUCUUCAGUUGUUGUUGCGCCCAACAAGGUCAGUGGACUUGGCAUCAGGUCUGCGAUUGCGCCACCGACACCUUCACCUGCAACAACACCUGCGUGGUCGACGCGUUGCGAGACGAGAACCGGUACUACACUGCUGCUCGCGAGCUAUUUUCCAACGUGACGGAGCUGUACCCCAAUGCCAUGGUCUGGCUGACCGGCCACUCGCUUGGCGGAGCCGUCACCUCGAUGCUUGGAUUGACUUACGGCCUGCCCGUCGUCACCUUUGAGGCUGUCCCGGAGGCUCUCCCAGCUACAAGACUCGGCCUUCCCAAUCCUCCCGGUGCCGACCCAAGGUUCCCUCAAGUCCGCGAAAAUACCGGUGCAUAUCACUUUGGCCACACGGCGGACCCGGUCUACAUCGGCACAUGCAACGGAGCGACGGCUUCAUGCUCUUUUGCAGGGUAUGCUAUGCAGACAGCGUGCCACACGGGCUUUGAGUGCGUCUACGAUGUUGUUGCGGACAAGGGAUGGCGAGUUGGCAUCGGUACCCACAGGAUUCGAUCCGUUAUUGAUGAUGUCAUCACCAAAUAUGAUGAUGUCCCAGUGUGCCACCGCACCCCAGAAUGUCGAGACUGUGGCGAGUGGAAGAUGUAUGAGAGCAACGGGACCGACAGCACAACCACGGCGAGCACAACUACAACCAAGACACGGACUCGGACCACUACCUGCAAGACCCCUGGAUGGUGGGGAUGCCUUGACCAGUCAACUCCCGGUCCGACUACUACAACUACGACGACUUCGACAUCUACAUCCACUUGCAAGACGCCUGGCUGGUUCGGAUGCAAGGAUCAGACCACGACGGAAACCACAACUUCUGAGCCCAGCGCCACGCCAACCACGACUUGCCACACGCCCGGCAGAUUCUGGGGUUGUCGGGAUGAAGUCCCUGAGGCAACCGACACCGAGCCUAGCCCUGUUACCCUUCCCUCCAUGACCGGCUUGCCAACGGCCACGUCUACAGCGCCUUCCAGCACCUCGCCUCCAGAGCGCAAUUGCCUUCGCCGAAGCUGGUUCUGGUAUUGCAAGGAGUGGGAUGGAGAAGAGUUGGAAUUCUGGCCGGAUGAGAUGUAGGGAUCCCAGGAGCUACUCGGGAAAUUGGUAUUCAACAUAUAGAUCCUUUGGGGAUAGGACAUGAGGGUUUGCGAUUUCAAUGGCAGUUGCGUCCGGAGCAAGCGAGCUCUGUCGCAGACCUGUCUGGCGUUGGAAGUUUGGUUAGUUUUUGUCAAGGAAGCGGGAUUUCACUUAGGGGAUCAUAUCAUAUUCCUAUUCAUACAUAUACACAUACACAUAUAAGCAUAGGACGUGACCAGGUGGUCUCGGUUUGGGUUGGAUUGGACAGGGGGCGUUGGAUUUGAUGAGAUGAAUGGACUACCAAUGAGAGUGCCUGGUACCAUUGCGAGCACAGAUAGAACUCCCACUGUGGGGAAUUCAGAGAAUGACGAAGCCAUGAUGCUCGUUUCAAAAA